AUGGUAGUACGCCCACUCAUCCUCCUGCAAUUCGUCACAUUUCUGUUGGGCGCCUUUGCCACAGCAGUCUCCCAGCUUCAAGAAUCCACACUGGAGGCGUCUUCGCGGCAGAAACAGCCCGCCCUUUCCGCAUGCACAAAGUGGCUUCGCAAAGACAAUGAGUACCUCAUAUACCCCUUCGGUAGAGAUGAGGCUAUCAACGGGGCCGACGCGCUUCGGAAAUGUCUUGAAAACGACGAUGCAGCGACGUACCGAAGUAAAAUCACAGACAUAUACCUCGUUCCUCCCGUCGCUGGAACAGCAAACGAAGAACAAGAAUCCCUCAAGCGCAUCGUCGAGAUACUACCAGGCCCAUUGAACAUCUGGUAUCCCUCCUCCAGCACUCAAACCAAACUCUGGACCACCCUCGAAGAACAACAGCGCGACACCACCACCACCACCCCGCGAAUGAAAAACCUCGCCACCUACACCCCCUCCGACCUCCCCUACCACGACGGCCCGCACCCGCUCCCCACCAUCAUCGAAUGCGGCACGCCCAGCAUCUCCGCCUCUCUCGCCGCCGAAGUCGACUCCCUCGACCCCAUCUACCAGCACCUGACGCAGUGCCCCGACGUACGCUCGCUAGCCCUCUCGCUGCACCCGGCCGGCUGCCUCGUCGGCAGCGAGGCCCGCGGUUUCGCGUGGCGGCGCGGCGACGCCUUCCCGACGACGCAGCUCGAGAACCUGACUUUGUCCGGCUACCGCUGGGACGAAGGGGCCGGCCGGUUGCCGAGGUUGGAGGCGCUGGCGUUGCGGGCGCGGUACGAUUUUGGGGGCGAGCGGACGCUGUGUGAGUAUGAGAAGGACCCAGCUGUGGCGCGGGCGAACUAUACGGCGUUCGUGGCGUCGAUGCCGCCGCUGCGGGAGCUGGUGGUCGAGGGGAUGGGCGAGCAGCAUCUGCCUCUGGGGCCGAUCCUGGAUGUGCACGGGGGCAGUUUGAGGGCGUUGACGAUCCACGAAUUUGAGCGCGACUGCGCUGGCCCGCUGCUCGAUGCGUCGUGGACUCGUCCGACGUUGGGCGUUGCGGAGCUGCGGAUGAUCAAGGAGAAGGCGCCGCGGCUCGAGGCUUUGACUCUGGACCUUCGGCGGGAGGGCGAUCUACCGGUUCCGGAGCUGGAGCUCCUUUCGACUUUUUCGGAUGAUUUGAGGGAAGUGACGAUUCAUCUUGCGAUGAACGAUGUCCGCCAUUUGGAAGGGUGUCGCGCGGAGUCAGUGUAUGAUCUCGAGACGUGCGAGAAGAAAGAGGUGAUGGAACCCAAGAUCGGAUUGGCUUCGGUGUAUCGGAUGAUUUAUAUCCUGCGCGGCAAGCGUUCGCCAGAUCAGAGGGGUAUUGAGUCCCUAAAAGUCGUUGUCGGAGACUAUGGAAGGGCGGAGGGCGGCGGUCUCCAGUUUCGAGGGGAUGUGACGUGCCAGUUGAGUUAUUGGGACGAAAAUAGGCUGCACAGGGUCAUUCCGGCGAAAGACAGUGAUUUUUAUUUCAAUGCUGAGGAUGCGCAGGAUAGACGGCGGGAUGAGCUCUGA